AUGGCCGCGGACAAGCCCGUGACGGUCGAGUCUCUGCCCGAGCUCCUCAAGGACGAUGUCGCCGUCAAGGUGGCCGGCAUCGACGUCGACGGCAUGCUGCGCGGAAAGCUCAUGGCCAAGAAGAAGUUCCUGUCCAUUGCCAGCGACGGCUUCGGCUUCUGCAGCGUCGUCUUUGGCUGGGACAUGCACGACCAGACCUACUUCCGCGAGCUCGGCGUGUCCAACAAGGAGAACGGCUACCGCGACCUGAUCGCCAUCCCGGACCUGUCUUCGUUCCGCCGCAUUCCCUGGGAGAACAACGUGCCCUUCUUCCUCGUCUCCUUCCACGACCCGGACACGCACGACUCCCUGUACGCAUGCCCCCGAAGCCUCCUGAGGCGCACCGUCGACAAGCUCAGGCACAGCGGCUACGGCGCCAUGGCCGGCGCCGAGUACGAGUUCUACCAGUUCAGGGCCCCGCAGACACACGACGGACCCGAGCGCAACUCGAGCGGCACCGCCACCUUCUUGAGAAACAACCCCGUGAACGCGCUGCCCAGUCUCACAGAGGGCAUGUUUGGCUACAGCAUCACACGCACCGUGCACAACCAGGACUACUUCUACGGCAUCUUCGACGCCUGUGAGCGCUUCAACUGCGGCAUCGAGGGAUGGCACACCGAGUCUGGGCCGGGUGUGUUUGAAGCGGCCCUCCAAUUCGGCGAAAUCAGCGCCAUGGCAGACAAGGCCUCGCUCUUCAAGCUCGUCGUCAAGUCGCUCGGCUCCCAGUACGGCAUCACGCCCUGCUUCAUGGCCAAGCCGCGCGAGGGCCUGCCGGGCAACAGCGGGCACAUGCACGUUUCCCUAGUCGACCAGGCCGGCAAGAACCUGUUUGCGCGCGACGAAGAGGACACCAACGCGCCCUACGCCGACAUCCGGCACCUCAGCGACCUGGGCCGGCAUUUCCUCGCCGGCCUCAUCGACGGCCUGCCGGACAUGAUGCCCAUCCUCGCGCCCAACGUCAACUCGUACAAGCGGCUGGUCGAGAACUUCUGGGCCCCCGUGACCGUCUCGUGGGGGCUCGAGCACCGCGCCGCCUCGAUCCGACUGAUAGCGCCGCCCACGGCCAGCCCAAAAGCCACGCGCUUCGAGGUCCGCGUCCCCGGCGCCGACACCAACCCGCACUUUGUCCUGGCCGCCAUCCUCGCCCUGGGCUGGCGCGGCAUCGAGAAGAAGAUGGCCAUCACCAUCCCCCCGCUCGGCAAAGGCGAGGACGUCGGCGGCGCGGCCGACAAAGGCGAGCGCCUGGCCAAGAGCCUCAAGGAGGCGACGGACAAGUUUAUGCGCGAGGACAGCGUGGCGAGGGAGGUGUUUGGCGAUGCGUUUGUGGACCAUUUUGGCGGGACGAGGCAGCAUGAGAUUAGGCUGUGGGACGAGGCCGUUACCGAUUGGGAGGUGAGGCGCUAUAUCGAGACGGUGUAG